AUUAUUUGGCAACCGACGCGGCAGCGGGGAGGGCCGAAAAAAAGAGGAUAUCCCCUGGAUUUCAAAAGAACAACGAUUUAUCGAGGUUAACUGCAGAAUAAACACUCCUUGGUCGACCAUCGGCGAAGAACGAGCGACAAAGCGACCGAGGGAUGUCUGAGGAGGCCGUCCGCCAGACAAGGAGCCAGAAGAGGCUACUGGAGAAGGAGGUUGCUCCACAGUCUGGAGAACUCUCAGAUGCUGAAAAUGAAAGCAAAAAGCCUAAAUUGGACCUUUCUGGAACCGCAGCACAAGCACAAUCUGAACCAGAACCCGACCCUGCUUUGCUGCAGGACGGUCAGAACAGGACUAGCCCCGAAUCAGAGAUGGAGCUAGAGCAGAGCCGGCUGCAGUUACCCUUAGUGUUACCAUUGGCCUCCCAGCAGGUGAAGGAUGAUCAAGAUCUAACCAGGGGACAGCACACGGCUGAACCACACACGGCUGAACCACACACGGCUGAACCACACACGGCUGACCCACACACGGCUGACCCACACACAGCUGAACCACACACAGCUGAAACCAAAUCAGACAAUCAGACUGACUGCAACAAUAAAGUCAACAAGAUGGAGUCCGCUAUCGAUACAAGGAACCAGGCCAGACCAACAGAGUCAAAGGCGUCCAGUGGCAUGCUAGCUGCAGGCGAGGUGAAGGCCACCAUUAAAGUGGAAGUUCAGACGGGAGAGCAGCCUGUGGACAUGAGCACAUCCAAAGGUAUAAAAAAGGAGAAACACCCACCAUCCUCUGAGGACGAUGAUGUGAUCAUCUUGUCAGAUAAUGACUCCCCAAGUCCUCCCAUGAAUGGCCUGAGCCACAUUAAGGAGCUGGACACGGACCUCCUCAUGAAGAGCAGCCCGGCGGAAAGGGAGCAAAUUAUCAAGCAGCUGAAGGAGGAGUUGAGACUGGAGGAAGCCAAACUGGUUCUCCUGAAGAAACUCCGACAGAGCCAGAUACAGAGGGACACUCUCCAGAAGCACUCAGGUCUGUGCGGCUCCUCUGCUCCUCCUCCUUUGAUUCGAGGAACGAUUGCAAGCAAUAAAGGUUCUCAGCAGAUCUUGACAGGCAGGAGUUCAGGCACGGUCAUCCCUCCGCCACUGGUGAGAGGAGGACAGCAGGUAUUGUCCAAACAUGGCUCCCAGAUCAUCAUCCCACCUCUGAUUGGAGGGGCACAGAUCCAGGCUCUCCGUCAGCAGCAUCAGCAGCAGCAGCAGCAGCAGCAUCAGCAGCAUCAGCAGCAGCAGUUGUCGGCAGCCUCCGGAGGUUCAGGACCCCCUCCUCUUAUUUUGGGCCCCAGGACCUCAACCACUGCAUUACAGGGCCAGAGAGGCUUGGUCCAGUCUGGCCUCAUCAGAGUUGGAAAUAGUGCUAACAUGCUGGCCUCGGCAGUUAAUUUGAAAGGCUCCCCCUCAGGAGGCAGCAGUGUGUCUGGGGUCAGUGUGAACGACUCUCCAGCCAGUCGCCAAGCUGCUGCUAAACUCGCGCUACGGAAACAAUUGGAAAAGACCCUCUUGGAGAUCCCACCGCCCAAGCCCCCCGCCCCAGAGUUCAACUUCCUACCCUCAGCAGCCAAUAAUGAGUUCAUCUACCUGGUAGGACUUGAGGAAGUGGUGCAUAACCUGCUGGAUACUAUCCAUAGAGGAAAGACAGGUGUAGCACUGUCCAAGCCUGUCGUCAAAGAGCCUUUCAUCUGUAGUCAGUGCAAGACGGACUUCACCUGCCGCUGGAGGCAAGACAAGACUAAAGGUGGAACAAUGCUCUGUGAAGACUGCAUGUCGUCCAAUCAGAAAAAGGCUCUGAAAGCGGAGCAUACCAGCAGGCUGAAAGCUGCGUUUGUUAAAGCGCUGCAACAAGAGCAGGAAAUCGAGCAGCGGAUCAUUCAGCAGACGUCUUCGCUGGUCUCCCACGGUAGCUCCUCGUCCUCUUCAUCGACGUCUUCAUCGAUGAAGGCAGAGCAGCUUGUGUCUCAGCAUCUGAAACAGGUUCAUGCCAGAGCGUCCUCCCUGCAGCACCACCACCAGGCCAGUCGAGCAGCCAACAUCAUUCACCAUCACUCCAUUAAGCAGAGUUCCGAGGGACAGCUGUCCCACGGUGGCUCAUCAGUGGGGGUGAGAGGUGUCCCCCAUUCCUUCUCCUCCUCCUCCCAGCUGCAGAGUGCAGUGGCGGCCGCAGCCUUGGUCAGCCGGCCAGGUAAGCAUGCCCAUGUUUCCCAGCGUUCUGUCCAGAGUUCAAAGGUGAGCAGCAGUGGAUUCCGCGGCGGCAGGCAUAUCAGCGGAGGUAGUGCAUCAUCCACUGCAUGGAAGAAGCAGAGCAACAGCAGCAAAGGGGUGACCAUGGCCUACGUGAACCCCAGCCUGACAGGUCACAAGAUGUCCGCCACUGUGGACGCUCGUCAGAGGGAGUACCUGCUGGGAAUGAUCCCCUCGCGCUCGAACAUCUCGCAGACUGCAAACACAUGGAAAUAACUCAAAUACUCUUCCAUUCUUUGUUAGGUUUCUGUUCCAAGUUCCUCAGCUCUGACAACAAGGUCAACAGCACCCCCUGGUGGACUGUUAAGCAAAUACAAUCUCACAAAUGAUGAUGAUGUUGAUGUUUUCUUUUUCUUUUUUUUCCCCUCUCUUGUUUUUCUUGCGGUUAUUUUGAUAUUGUGCAGAAAUUGAUUUGAUUUGAUUAAGGCAAAAACAACAAACAACAUACAAAUACUUGAAGGGCUUUGCUCUGGGUGCUUACGUCCUCCAGAUUGGGCCGACAUAGCAGUGAUGAUGUGGGUGAAACAGACCCAGCCGUUGACACUUGAAUGGUUAUAGUCAUACCCAAGAGUUCACUUUAAGAAUAUGUUUGUUAUAAGCAGAAACAAAAAUAAGUAAGUUGUAAAAUGUUUCCGUACAUCUUCCCUGUAGCUUUUGAGGUUUGAAUUUAUUUUGUAUUUACAUUAAGUUAUUUUUUUUUGACUGAUGUUAAAAAUCACUCUGUAUAUUGUGGUUUCCACAAGUGAAGAGUUUGUCCUAGCUUUGUAUUUUUUCCCCCCUGUUUAACAGCAUGCGGACCCCUAACUUUUCUGUUUGUUUUGCACCUGAGCUGAAGGAGCACGGUGUUGUUCUGUAAUUCACCUGUAAUUACCAUCUGUAAUUUGCCGAUUUUUAUAUUAAUGUCACCAUUGUAAUAUUAUUUUUUGAAUGUUUUUGUCAUCGCUGAGAUAAUGCAGACUCUGAAGGAGCUGAAUUUGCCACACUGGAGCCAGAGAUGUUGCCUCCAAUUGAUCUAACCAUAACCCAUGCAGUAUCCAGCACAUACUUGAGUCGGUUGUUUAAGGGAACCUCUCCUAGUUACCAAGACUGUGGAAGACACAAGACCUUUUUUAUCUUGUCCCCUCUCACCAUAUUGCAUAAUGUCUCUGCUUCCUGACUUCAAUUGCUUUGUAUAAACCUAUGUUAAAAAAUUAUUUGGUUUACUUUUUCCUAGCUCCUUAAGAAAUAAUAAAAAUAUACAUUUUAAA